AGAUAAGGUGCAAGAAAAUGAGCCCCGACUCUGACUUUGCCACAAUACCUUCAUCCUAACUUACACGUGAUAGAUAAAGGAUAAACUGCGUUUUUUGGCCACGAAAUCGUUUCAUGACAAAAAACGACAAAGGAAACGAUGGCAGCAUCACAACAGCAGGUCUUUGAAAGGUUCGAAAGCUACGACUUUGAGAAUGACUCAACCUUUCAGAGCGGUCUCAAGUCAAUUGUUAGCAACAACCAAAACAAGUCGGAGAAGGAGCAGCGGGAUGCUAUAGAGAACGCCAAAUAUUUUUAUUUUACUCGAUUUGUCCAAAGCUUUGAUUACAACCAAUACAAGGCAUGGCGUGCGCAGAAAUCGACCAAUGCCGGUGCAUCAUCAGAAGAAUCGAAAAUGGCAUCUUCGGAGAGCGAUACUACUAGCAUGGCAGUGGAAUCUCAAUCCUCUGACCCAGCAUCUGCAGCAACGUCUGCAGAUCCAACCUAUCCAAAAUCGUUCCAGGAGAUUUGUGAGCUGAUCGCGGCAGGAAAACCCAUCCCAGGCAUCCGCCAAAUUCCAAACAAUCUGGCGGAAGGAACACCUAGUGAAGCCAAGUUGGCCCCUAAGCCGAAGCCAUGGGAACAAAAGAAGGCUGCCGCUGCUGUAGCUACUACAGCAUCGACCACUGAUACCUCUGCGACAACAGCCCCAGAGUCCACUCAAGAGUCCACGGCGUAACAUGUAGUCAGCGCUCAACCCAAUAAACGAUAUAUUCGCAAACGG